UCUCAAGUCACGACAUUGUCCUCCCCCUUUUGUUACUCUGAAGUCAAUAAUUGCUCAGGCUGUCAGAAUGGACGAUGAGCCGGAUCUCCCAAUUGCACGGCGUACACGGCGGAGUCUAAGUCAGGCCACUCAGUCCGCGCAGCAAUGCAAACAAUCACUAUGCUCACCGCAGGCGCGGCCCACUCAACCCCCCCUGGAUGUUAGCACGCCAAAAUCCAGAAAGAGGCGACGCGUGAGGUUCUCAGACCUCGGCCCGGAGUCCGUCGGGACAGCAGAUGGUCCCUCAGCAACCGGCUUGACACCCUUGAUGAAUCGGGCCUCGCUCUCAAGCAGCUCCCGGCUAUCUCGGCGGCAUUCUACCCCAACUCGGUCGAACAGCACCGGCAUCCUAAGUUUGGACUCCCAGGCGCCCCCAUUUGGUGGCGAAAUCCGCGUUCUUCCUCUUCGUCAAGUUCUAGAUGCCCGUGCCAAGCGCCGAAUUCGACGCAAUGGCUUGUCCGAGGAGAUGAAUAACAUUCAACAUCAGCGGAAGCGACAGGCUGAGGCUACCAAGGCCGAGAUUGAGCGGCUGAAAACGGAUCUGGCUGCAAGGGACGAUGAAAUUGCAAGGAUGCACGACGAAACCGUAAUUCUGGACACCGAACGUGUCUGGAACCUAGAGCAGGAGGUGGCGACGCUGAGGAGAGAGUUGGCCAGUCGAUUGGAUGUCCAGCAGGUUACAAGCAGCCCUGCCUACGAGCGGACACGGGCUGCCAGCGAUCUCUACUCCGAGGACUUCACGGAGCUAGAUCUAGCGGGCGACACACAUGACUUCGGCGAAGCAACGAGAGCCGAGUUCCUCUGCAGUACACCGACACGUAGGACGCGCGCUUCAGCCUCAUUUCCCACCCCACCAGCCACCAGUCCCGAACCACAACUGCCGCAAACCCUCUACAGACGCCUGCCUACUCCACAUUCCAGCAUGGGCGUGCAAGUCUCCCUUCCGGAUCCUGCGAAGCGUCAGCUGGAGGAGGAACUCGAAUUACUGCAGCUCGAGGUUAACGAGCUGACAGCUAACCUGGAGUCUUACGCGGCUUUGACCUCCCGCCUCUCGGACAAACUUGCCACGUUCUCGACUCAAGGACGGUGCGCAGAGCCAUCAGCGGAGAAGCCCGAUCUCGGAGCACGUCUCACCACCGUACUCCAGACGCUCUCUGAUCGUACUGCAGCUCUUGCCGAGUUAGACGCGUCACUCAAAACCCUCGGCUUCACUGGGUCAGAUGGUUUCGAGGUUAUUAAGUCGCUCCGAUCUGGCUUCAGGUCUGCGCGCCUUGAGCUGGAGUACCUGACGCCCGGGGAGAUCACCUUGCCCCUAACAGGCGCAGGCGCCGAGGUACUUGGCCUGCUUCUCGCCCAACUGCGAGACCUUGCCAAAAGGACUCGCGACGCAGACGACAGCAUCGACGAAUACCAUUCCAUCGAGCUCUCCCUGCGCCAACAACUCAACGCGCGGGUAACGGCAAUGGGCGACCUCGCCAACCGCCUUGCCAGCGCCGAGCGCAGAUCCCUUGAAAAGGAUGCACGCAUCGCCGACCUCGAAUUCGGCAUCGACCGUCUCAAGGACGCAGUCCGUACUUACACCCGCGACAUCUCGGAGCUCGAAGCCCUCAUCCAGCGCAUGGAAACCGACCUCGCGGCGUCCAAGUCGGAACGCGACGCCGCCACUACCGCCCUGGCCGACAAGACAACCGCUCUGGCUGUCAUGACAUCCGCCAUGUCGUCUCUCGAAGGUAGACUCUCUGACGCCUUCGCCCAAUCCGACGACCUCAAAUUCCAGCUAUCGUCCCUAACGACAGCCCACGCUCAAACGCUCGCCUCCCACACAGAGGAAAAAGCAUCCCUGACAGAAGCCCAUGCUGCCUGCCUCGCCCAGCGGGACGCUCGGCUGGCUAAGCUGAGUGCCGAGGUGGAGCGGGUCGAGGGCUUGUUACGCGAGGCGCAAGAGACGGUGCAGGCGUUGAAGGCCGAGAAUGUCCGGCUGGUAGACGCUAACGAUGCGUUGAAAGAGGAGAAUGCGCGGGGGAGGAGGACGGCUGAGGAGGUGGUCGCUGAGAUAAGGGCCGAGUUGGAAAGGGUAGUGAGGAUGGGGGAAAGGUUUCUGGGUGCUUCAGGGUCUGGGACUGGCAAUGGGGUGGGGCAGGCGGAAGGUGGCAAUCUCGGUGGGCCGAUCAUGUCAGGGGCGGGGGUUAGAGUUGAAAUGUCGUUGGUAGGCGGUCUGACGGGGUUUGGGAGAGCGAGCAAGAGGAGAAAGUACGAUAGCGGGCUGGGGUUUUUGGAUGAGGAUGAGGUUGAAGUUGGUUCCUGAGCAUUUUGGUUAUUUCGAGGUGGUAUUUAUCACUUGGGUGAUUGAUACUUGACUGUUUCCAUCUAAGACCCUCUUUUACUCUGUUUCUUUGUCCUUCUUUUAUCCUUAAUUACCCCUUCUUUGCUUCCAGGUGAUACUCGAGUUUUGAGCAAUAUAUCUCAACAUCGUGAUUCUGAGUUCACGGCAUUCCCAAUUGAAGCACAUCAAACCUGGCUGCAAUUUGCUGGAGAGGAAUCAGG